CGCUGAGUCGCUUGUUGCUGUUAAGUCCAAUUCGCAAGACAGCUUCCCCUGAAAAUCGAACCCUUGCCUGAAAAUAAACGGCGAUAGACUGAUGGUGGUGACGGUGGCGAAUACGUGGGCAGUGGGACAACCUCUCUCCAGCUCACAACCAAGACCCUUCUCUGGUUUCGAUGUCUACGCCAACCCAAAGAAAUCAGUCAGCGUCAGCUUCUUUCUUGGUUGGGGCUGUGCUGUUCAAAGCAGGCUAUCGAUCUUCUCCCGUCGGAACCGCAAGAAUUCAGACUUAUGUUGCCGUUGUGCGACCACCACUCACGACAGCAACGACAAUGGUAAUGUUCCUUCUUCUCUGGAUUGGGAUUGGAACCGAUGGAGCCGCCAUUUCUCUGAAAUUGAACAGGCUGAGAACUUUGCCUCUGUUCUUAAGUUUCAACUUGAAGAGGCGAUUGAAAAGGAAGACUUUCAAGAAGCAGCAAAAUUAAAAAGGGCUCUGUCUGAAGCAACAUCAAUGGAUAGUGUUGCUGAUAUCAUGUCUCAGUUGAAGAGGGCCAUAGAUGAAGAGCGAUACCAUGAAGCUUCAAAAUUAUCUAGACAUACUGGAAGUGGACUGGUGGGUUGGUGGGUAGGCUACACCAAAGAUUCAGAUGACCCCUUUGGCAGAAUAAUACGCAUCAGUCCCAGUAUGGGCAGAUUUGUUGGCAAGAGUUACAGUCCAAGACAGCUGGUCACAGGUUCCCCUGGGACUCCAAUUUUUGAAAUUUAUGUUGUAAAAAACUCCGACGACUCAUACCAUAUGCAGGUGGUGUACUUGCGACGAGCUAAAGGAAAUUCAACGGGUAACUCUCCAUCUGUGCUUGCAAAAAACCCGUCCAAACCUGAAGUUGAUAAUGUUCCUUCAGUUGAAGUGCAGCAACAUGAAGAGAAGGUUGAGAGAAGUGAUGAGAAAAGCAGUAGUAUUGAGGGAGCAACUGAGGAGGGCAUAAAAAAUGUCAUCAACUUUCUCAAAGAAAAAAUUCCAGGAUUGAAAGUUAAAGUCAUGGAUAUUGAUGUUGAAGAGGAAGGGACUGAGGAUAAUGAUCCUGUGAAGCAAUUGAUGGAGGAAGAGAGUAAUAAAACUAACUCCAAUGAGAAUCCUGAAGAGGAAGCUAGUAAUCUGGAUGAAACUGAUGAGGUCACUUUACACGGAGAUAGUGAUGCCGCUGGAGAUGAAAAGGAUUUGGAUAUGAAGCUUUUUAUUGGUGGGGUUGUACACAAUAAUGAAGAAGCUCCUGCCAAAGAUGAAUUUAUGCGUCUUCCAGCUGAAAUAAAAGAUUUGGAAAGGGAUUCUUUUGUCUUGCAUAUCCCUAGAAGAAAUCUAGACUAUGAUAUUAGAGAAAAUAAAGUAUCCAAUAUCAAAGUGGCAGCUCUGGCAACACAAGGAGUCUCAGAGCUUAUGCCUCCUGAUGUUGCCAAGGCAUUUUGGAGUUCUGACAAAGUCUCUUCCAAGGUGUCCAAAAGUGUGCGUGAAAUUGUCAAACUUGCAAUUAGUCAAGCACAGAAAAGAAGUAGAUUAUCUGAAUACACAUCUUUCAGUCGGAUUAUGACUUCACAAGGUGAUUUAGACCCUUUUGAUGGCCUCUAUGUUGGUGCAUUUGGCCCUUAUGGCACUGAAGUGGUGCAAUUGAGGCGCAAGUUUGGACACUGGAGUAAUCUGGGCAAGGAAAACAAUUCCUCAGAUAUGGAGUUCUUUGAAUAUGUAGAGGCAGUGAAGCUGACUGGGGAUCUUAAUGUUCCUUCUGGCCAGGUGACAUUUCGUGCUAAAAUUGGGAGAGGCAAUCGCAACACCAACCAUGGAAUGUAUCCAGAUGAAUUAGGAGUGGUGGCAAGUUAUAAAGGUCAAGGGAGAAUAGCUGAGUUUGGCUUUCGAAAUCCAAAAUGGGUUGAUGGGGAAUUGCUCCAGCUUAAUGGCAAGGGCAUUGGACCAUAUGUAAAAGGCGCAGAUCUUGGUUUCCUUUAUGUUGUGCCAGAGCAGAGUUUUCUUGUCAUAUUUAACCGAUUGAAAUUACCAGAGUGAGUCACGGUAUUCUAAUCCAAUCUCGGUCUUUCUUCAACAAUAUGAGACGGCACAUCGGACACUCUGACACUUGCCAAGAGAGUACCAUCUAGAACCUUUAUGAGAGGGGGCGAUAAUUUUACCCAGUAUGCAGGCCAUUGUACUUUCUUUUAGCCUCUUAGCCGUUCAUGAUGCAGAAAUUCUUUUGUUCCUUUUUCCUUUUUUAUAUGAUAAGAUAUCUUGUGUAUAUCAAUUUUGCUCGUGAACCAAUUAAUGUGAUAGGAACUCAGCAAGGAAUUAAACAGAGCUUAUUUCCCCCAUGCAUUCUAGGUAUUAAUGUGAUUUUAUCUUUGAAGACU